AUGGUCACACAGACAAAGCUGACAGUCCACCCUCUUUCCGAUUCCGAAGAACGUCUUAUAAGCCGAAUCACAAGAAGGCUUAGCCUAGGAUCAAGUGGCUUUUACGAUCCGAGCUCCCAAAUAUGCUCAAAUUCUACCGUUGCUAUCUUGACCAACCCUGUCGUCGUUUCAACAUCAACCUCUCCAGUCUACAGUCUAGGCCCGCCUAAGCAGGUUCAUUCGCAGCGCAGCUUCUCGCCCGGCCGUGCCUUGAGCUGUGUUGGUCUUCAUCCGACAGGCCAAAGCUCGCCAAAUUACGAGCGUGGGAGCCUACCCCCUCAGGGCGCGAGUGUCAGACGUGGCGACAAUAAUGCCUCUGCAGACAAUCCCAGUCGUGCUACUGCAACUAGUAUCACAACUAUGGACUCCAAUACCGUGCUGAAUGAGACUAUGGAGGAACAGAGACAGAAAGUGCUGGUCUCCUCCGUACCAGAACCCCCUUCAGACCACCUUGACAACCUCGGCGUUCCAGCAGCUGGUACCUGCAAAAAGAUCGGUAAAUCGCCAAGCUCCACAUGCCACUUCGUUCGAACCCCGGCCACUGACCAGAGGUCGCUUAACAAAUGUUCCAUCUCUGUAGUACAUCUGCUGACGCAUCUGGAUUCGAUGCUUCUCAUCUGGAGACGCCUAAACUGGACACCCGAUAUGCAAGGCUACUUGCCAGUUAUGAUUUCUCUUAUUCAGGCCCUAUGUGACACUGCAAUUGGAUACACUGAUCGUCUACAUGAAAAAUUGAGGCUGUCUGGCUACUGCGAUGAGUCUGGGCAGUUUGAUAUCGCUGAUGAGGUAAGUCCGACUAAAAUUCCUCAUUUUAUUUUUUAUGUUUUUGGGACGACAUUGACAUUAGCUGGUGGAUCAUCCUUCCAGAAUCGGUUACACGCUGAAAAGUUAAACUUCGAUAUAAGUGCGUUUUCCACAGAUGAAGAUCAACCUAGCUAA